AUCUGCAACCCUCUGCUCUAUCUAGUGGUGAUGUCCAAAAGACUCUGUGUUGUGUUAUUUAGUUUAUCAUGUUUAAUUGGUUUUAUAAAUUCUACAGUUCAUGUAGGAUUAUUAUUUAGAUUAUCUUUCUGUAGGUCUAAGUUUAUUGAUCAUUUUUUUUGUGAAAUCUUGCCACUCUAUACAAUUUCUUGCACAGAUCCAUCUCUUAAUGAAUUGGUUGUUUUUAUUUUUGCCUCUUCUAUACAAAUCAGUACGUCUGUGACUAUUGUAGUCUCUUAUGCCCGUGUCCUAUUUGCUGUCCUGAACAUGAAGUCUGAGAAGGGCAGAAGAAAAGCUUUUUUCACCUGCAGUGCUCACCUGUUCUCUGUGUCUUUGUUCUAUGGCACUCUCCUCUUCAUAUAUGUGAGUCCUGGGUCUGGAUCAGGUAAACAAAAUGACAAAAUAUAUUCUCUGUUUUACACCGUUGUGAUUCCUAUGCUAAACCCCUUUAUUUACAGCUUAAGAAACAAGGAGGUUUUGGGUGCUCUGAAAAAGGUCAUAACAUGA